UAGAAAGGGGGUUGGGUGCGAGGUAACAUGGUGGUUUAGUUGUCACCUAUCAGCCAUUGACAGAGGAAGGUAGUAGGGACUGAGAGCUUGAGUUUUCAGCUUUUUAUUUUAAUUUUUUUCUCAGUUUUUGCUUGGUUUUUGCGCUUUUGUUUGUCUUCAAAAUGGAGAUGAAGAAGAGGAUCAGUUUGGAGUUGAGAAACAAGACCCCAGCCGAGGUGGCUGAGCUAGUGGUGGACAACUGCCGGUCAAGUGAUGGAGAGGUGGAAGGUCUGUCUGAUGAGUUCAAAGAACUUGAGUUCCUCAGCAUGGUCAAUGUGGGACUCACUUCCCUGGACAAACUACCCUCACUGCCCAAACUGCGCAAGUUGGAGAUCAGUGAUAACUUGAUCGUUGGCGGUCUAGACAAACUGUCUGAGAAGUGUCCCAACCUGACAUACCUCAACCUGAGUGGCAACAAGAUCAAGGAGCUCAGUACUGUGAAGGCUCUGCAGAACCUGAAGAACCUUAAGAGUCUCGACUUGUACAGCUGUGAGAUCACCACGUUGGAGGACUACAGAGAGAGGGUUUUCGAGCUACUACCCCAGGUCACCUUCCUGGAUGGUUAUGACCAGGAGGACAAUGAGGUGCCGGACUCAGAGGCUGAUGAUGACGAUGACGACGAUGAUCAUGCUGCUGGUCCCACUGGAGACGGGGACGACGACGAUGAUGACGACGACGACGAAGACGAUGAAGAUGAGGGUUCUGUGGGUGAAGAAGAGGUGGGACUUGCCUAUCUGAUGAAGGAUGGCAUUCAGGAUGAAGAAGAUGAUGAUGACUAUGUUGAGGAGGAGGAGGAAGAGGAAGAUGGAGUAGGAGUCCAGGGAGAGAAACGGAAGAGAGAUGCCGAAGAUGAGGGAGACGACAGCGAUGCCGAUGAUGACUAACCCUACUUUACCCCCCCCCCCACCCCCUCUCUGCUGGGAAGCAGAACCAAGCUGUAGAACAGGAAAUGGAUUCGGGAAUUUUUGUAUACCAUAGAUAUCACUGUAGAAGCUGUGUCAUUUUUUUUUGUACAUGUUCCAUACAAAAAGAAAUUGGUUUUUGUUUGAAAUCUUUCCAAAAGUAACGUCACGAACCUGGACGUGAGGUGGACUAUAGUAUCCAAUCUAGGCAUUUACCUUUAGCCGUGGCUCCCGGUUCCGUUUGCAUGUAGUGGCACGUUUGGCCCAUUUCAACCGAGUCUGGUUGUGGUUGUCCCCUAUGCCAUGUUCAAACCCAAAUAGUGAAGUAUCGCACCCAUUAUGUUAGGUGAAAUUGUAGACUUGGCCUAGAUGUUCGCCAUCCCUGUGGCUCUUAAGGCUUGCGCUUCAGACCUUGUCGUUGAGCGCAAAGCCCCGUGUACUGUGUGGUUUUACGUGGACACCUGGCCGGCGAGACGUGUUGAGCAGUGAUCCGUGCAGAAGGGAACCCUGUAGUGAGUCCUAACCCUCUCCUAGCUGUCCACCCACAUCCCCUACAACACAACGUGUUCAUGUGUCGUCUGGUAGAGGCGGCUGACUGUUUCCCCCAGUACUUGUUUUAGGAACCAGGAUUUGAUACCUUGAUAGUGCGUUUGAUCAUGUUUUGUCGGUCGUCGAUUUGCUUCUUACUCCACAGUCAAACAGCAGAUUUGUAAGAUUAUUUUGUUACGUGUGUUGUCCUAGGGCUGCAAUAUCCCUCAGGGGAGAUGUUGUUUUCAGGUCUCUUUUGCUACAUCUCCUGAUAGUCAUCAAGGAAGCCCAAGUGGUCUAAGAUUUUAAGAUCCCAUUCAUAUUCAGGCUACACAAAGUUAAUUUUGACUCGUUUGGUGACAUUAUGAAGCUCAGGUGGACCCAAUCUCUCAGAAGGACCUGAGUAACGGGAACGCAGUUGGUCCUGUUCUGAACCCAACUUCGUGCCCUUCACUUGGGUCGAAUCCCAAUCAAACCCUUUUGUUUUCAUUUUGAGUUUUAUGGUUUAACUGAGCAAGAAUUUUUAACUUGUUUGUAUGACAAUAUGUAAAUAGAUCUUGAUUCAUCUUUUCUGUGGUAUUUGCUUGUAAUUUUUGGUUUGUCUUUUUAAACAUGCAAUAUCUCUGUCCUUUUUGUUUUGAAUAAACACAAAGCACAGGUCAGGAUGUAAAGAUUCAGACCCUACGCUCAAUAUGGUUUUUAUCAUUUCUUUUUAAUUCCACUGCUGUUGAGAGUUGUGUUUGGAUUUUGUGUGCUGUAAUCUUCUGAAGAGUGUUUUUUUUAAUAAAUAGAAAAUCAUUCUCUUAAAUGAA